AUGCGAAUGGUUGCGUUCAAAGUUCGUAAUAAUAUGGCGCCGAAAAAUAAGGUAGUUUCUAUUAAAGAAAAAAUGGAAAUUAUUAAUGUUUUCGAAAAAGAUAAAUUAUCAGUACAUGGAAUUGCAAAAAGGUUGAAUAUUGGCAAAACACAAGCUGCUGAAAUCAAUAAAAAUAAAGAAAAAAUUCGUUCUAAAUGGGAGUCUGGAGUUAAUGUUCAUCAAAAGCGAAGCUUUCUUAAAGAAGGCGGCUCUGAAAUAGACAAGAUGUGUUUUAAUUGGUUCGCUAAGGCUAGAAGUCAAAACAUUCCGAUUUCUGGUCCCAUUUUGAAAGCAAAGGCAGUGGAAAUUGCAGGCAAACUUGGUGUACCUAAUUUUAAUGCUUCAGAUGGAUGGUUAAACAAAUGGCGAAUAAGGAAUAAUGUUGCUUUCAAAUGCGUAUCUGGUGAAGCUGCAGAUGUAAACCAGGAUGGUGUCGAACAGUUUAGGACAAAACUGCCAUCUCUGUUGACUGGUUACAAGCCUCAAGGCAUUUACAACGCAGACGAAAGUGAGCUUUCGGUACACUAUCAAAGGAAAGACUCACAAUUUUGUUCUGUGCUAACAUGGCUGGAGAUAAGGAGCUGCUUUUGGUUAAAGGUAAAGCAGCCCGUCCUCGAUCUUUUAAACAUGUUCGAAUCGCAAAACUGCUAG